AUGUUAUCACAAAUUACUAAAAGAUCAUUCAUUAGAUCAUUUUCAACAUCAAGAUUAGUUUUAACAGAAGGUGCAAUUCCAAAAUCAAAAGGUUCUUUUCAAGAUAAAGAAAGAGCUCAAGAAAAUGUUUAUAUUAAACAACAAGAAGCUGCUCAAUUAAAGAAAUUGAAAGAAAAAUUACAACAACAACAAGAAACAAUUGAUAAAUUAGAAACUGAAUUAAAAAAUCAUAAAAAGCAAGAAUAA